AUCAAAAUAUUUAAUAAAAAGCUUUCUUAGACUAUAAAACUGUCACCCGAGAAGUAAAAUGUCACCCCUAGCAGCGAUUUUUAUUUCCUUUUCUCUGAUUAAUGAUGUCCAGGGGAAAAUUUUGCAACCGUGCGAAGUUGCAGAGGCUAUGAUAAGUUUGGGUCAAAGCAAAAUAAAUGCUGCCAAAUGGGUAUGUCUUGCAAAAUUUGCAAGUGGUUUCAACACUCAAGCUUUAAGCGAGGAGCAAAAAGAUGGUAGUUUUGAUUUUGGAGUUUUUCAAAUAAAUGACAAAUUUUGCAGACUCGGUUCAAAACACAAUUGUGGUGUACCUUGUACUGAUCUUGUAAAAGAUAACGUACGUCCAAGUGCCAGUUGUGCCUUAAAAAUAUUUCAGAAGGAAGGAUUCAAACAAUGGCCAGCGUUUAAAAAUAAUUGCCAAAACAUUGACACCUCGAGAUUCAUCAUCAAGUGUUCCUUAAGGAGGAAAAGAAACGCUUAUCCGUUCCUAAGAGAAAAGGAGAUUAGACAUGAAUAAAAAUGACUAUAUUGUUAUUUAAAGCUGCGUCACUGUAUGAUAAAUAAAACUACAGAACGCA